AUGAGAGCCGUGUCAUUGCUUCUCGGCCUGGCUGCCGUUGUAGCUGGUAACUCUCUACCAGCCGAAGGCAUCGAGGCCAGACACUCGUCCGGCUACUGGUACGAGAACAUCGAGCACAACGGAAUCAGUCCCUUCAUUGCUGAUGGCAAGAACUGGACCGUCUUCCGCAACGUCAAGACACACUUUGGUGCCAAGGGCGACGGCGUGACUGAUGACUGGGCAGCUAUCCAAGCUGCCUUUGACUAUGCCAAUGCGACGGAUUCUCGCAAUGCGAGUGUUUGGGGCACCACCGGCGCUCCAGCUGUUGUUUACAUACCGGCUGGCACAUACCGUCUGAGCAAACCUCUUCAGUCGUAUAUCGACACCGUCGUGAUUGGUGAUCCUACCAAUAGACCGGUGCUGCAAGCCUCUUCAGACUUUUCUGACCCAUUUCUCUAUCUCGGCUGGGACCCCAGACUUGACCCAACCAUCAACUUCUACAUCGCCCUGAAGAAUGUCGUCUUGGACUCUACCAAAGUGGCCCCUACCCACAACAUCACGCUCCUCAACUGGGCCGUGAGCCAAGCUGUGCAGCUUACCAACGUUUUAUUCAACAUGCCCAACGGCGGCGUUGCUCACACAGGCCUGUCGAUGCCUCAGGGCGGCUCGCCUCUGAUGAUCAACGACGUUGUGUUCCAAGGUGGAUCUGUUGGCAUUCGCAUGAAUGAACAGCAAUAUCAUUUUAAGGGAAUCACCUUUAAGAACCAGGACAUUGGCCUGAAGCUCGACAAGCUGUUUGAGGGUACCGGCCAGGGUCUGCACUUUGAGUCAUGCAAAGUCGGCAUUGAGACUACAAACAACAAUACCGGAUUCUUUGCUCUUAUUGAUUCAACUGCAAAGAACGUUGGCAUUUUGUGGAAUGCUGCAGCUUCGCCCACAGCUCAAGGUUCUAUUGUCCUUGAGAAUAUCCAAGUAGACCACACUGUCGGUUCUACUGUUACAGCCGGAGGAAAGAAUGUCCUCAGGGGCUCUGUUAAGCCGGGCCAGUCCUGGAUCUGGGGCAACGUCUAUGGACCUUCCGACGGCCAGCGCGCUCAGGGCAAAUUCUUCCCAGCAUCUCGACCUGCAGCACUUGUCGAUAUCACUGGAGCCUACCAUGUUGCCACUCCUCCAACUUUCCAGGAGUAUAGCGUGAACCAGGUCAUCAAUGUCAAGACGGUUCGCGGCCUGCCCGUUGCUGGUGACGGUGUUACAGAUGACACCAAAAACCUCCAGAAGAUCAUCAACAGCGCUGCUGGUAAGAAUGUUCUCUACUUCCCUCAUGGAACAUACCUUGUUAGCGAUACCCUUGUAGUUCCUCCUGGAAGUCGAUUCCACGGAGAGGUUUGGUCUGAAAUCAGCGCUACUGGAUCCAAGUUCAAGAACGCAAACAACCCAGUGCCGAUGGUUCAGGUUGGAUAUCCUGGCCAAGUCGGCGUUGCGCAAUUUGUCGACAUGCUCUUCACUGUUGCUGAUAUUCUUCCUGGCUGCAAGCUCGUGGAGGUCAACAUGGCGGGCCUAAAGGCUGGAGACGUUGGCUUCUUCAACUCUCACUUCCGUCUUGGAGGUGCCCGAGGCUCCAAGGUCCAGACCAACUGCGAUGAUCCCGCGACCUGCAAGGCCGCGCGAGUUUGCGCCCAUCUCACAGCUUUGUCUUCGUCAUACUGGGAGAACAGCUGGUGCUGGAGCGCCGAUCACGAUCUUGACGAUGAUUACGGCGCUAACCCUUCCACUGCUGGUGGCUUCUUGGUGGAAUCCAUCCGAGCUACCUGGAUGUUGGGUAUUGGUAGCGAGCACAACUCCCUGUACCAAGUGAACAUUCAUCAGGCACAGAACGUCUUCUUGGGCUUCCAGCAGAGCGAGACGCCAUACUGGCAAGGCAAUAACUCUGGCUUGCUGACUCCCUUGCCCUGGACCGGCUCUCUACUAGACAGCGACCCGGACUUUAGCUGGUGCGCAGCUGACGAUGCUCAGUGUCGCAUGGCUAUUUUCCAGUAUAUCCACGAUUCUAGCAACGUCAAUGUCUAUGGUGGCGGAUACUGGGUCUUCUUCAACGGCAUCAACCGCGAUGGCUGCUCGGCUGAAUGCCAGCAGAACGCUGUCAUCUAUACCGAUAACAAGAAGCUGUUCAGUUAUGGUGUGAGCACGCAUAAUGUUAGAACUAUGGUGCUCGAGUCCACGGGAGGGAAGGACGUGGCUGAAGUGACCGAUACUGCAAACUCGGGAGGUUGGCAGAGCCAUGGUGGUGUCAUGGCUGCGUACUUGGGACAGAGCAGCUAUUAA